UAUUUUUUUUUUGGAAAGAAAUGCUUAAAUCAGGAUGAAAAAGGUUCACUUCCACUUUUAUUUAAAUUAAAGGGACACGUACAUGACGGACAACAGGGUUGAAUUGUAGGUUGAAACUCACAUGAAACGUUAGUUAGGCCUAAAUAGUGUAUGUAAAAUUCGCAAGUACAAAAAUUCUGGUUCAAAUUAGAGAAACAAGCACUGAAAUGAUGUAUCGUAAACCGGUUUCUGAGCUAAAACUAAAUUAAUUUUAAAAAUUGCCCCAAGAACAUUAUAAAUCAUCAGAGAAAGUGGAAACAAUGUAGAUCCCCCAGGUAAAAACAAUCGGUUGACCUCGUUUUCUACUUCUUUUAAUUGGUUCAUUUUAAGGAGAGCAAUUUGCUCUCCUUAGAGAUUUGGGGAGAGCGAUUUAUGGCUCGCCUGGAUUUUCUUAAAAUGAAGGACUGUAUUACCCCUUUUUCCUUCCCGCAUUGCCUUUCUACCAUUGUCCAAAUCACCCAUGGGGUAUUAACGAUAAGGCUAUACUGUAGGCCGUAUCCCUUGAAGAUUUUUUUUAAAUAUUUAAAAACUACUUUUUAGGGAAAUGUAGCCCCUACUGGUCUGGUUUCUGUUUCCAGUGCUGCAGGGUGGUGCAUCAGAAGUAAUACGGUAGCAACCAGUCUAAAUUGUAACCAGGAUCAACAAGUUUGCCCUAUGGUACAUGUACAUGAAACCAUUCCCUGAUACAUUUUCCUUGAUAGUGUCGGAAUUUUCCCUUAUUUUUGGAUAUUUUUUGAUUGAUUGAUUAUUUUUGUGGCUAUGGUAACUCCAUUGCAUGUUAAGCUGGUUAUAAAAAGUGAGAAUAUGUUAAACUGUACACAUGUAUUGAUACAUGUACAGUUGGAUAUUGUGGUUCAUAUGGACCAAUUAUGAAUUUUAUUUUUACAUUCACAAUAAGUGACUACGCUGUUUUUUGUCCUCAAAGUUGCUACCAUUGUUACAUGUACAUGUUCAGAUCUUGCCUCCCAUUCACCGCUUAUGUUACAUGUACUGAUAUGUCCAAAAUUCAUGAGCAUUGCACCCGACUUCAAAUUAGAAAGAAUCUCAUACAGAUGCCACUAAUAUUUCAUAGAGUUACCUAUUAGCCAUUUGAAAGCAAUAACAUGACUUAAAAAGCCAAAUUUAGCAGGGAAAAUAUUGGUGAGUACAAAACUAAAUUUUUUACACCAGUCUCAUAGGGUUUGUGCACAAAAUGCCACGUGGCCUCAGUACUUGUACACUGUAUAGGGAAUGCUUUCCUUAACAUUUGUCACAGCUUUCAUCAGAGUAGGCCUAUAUGCUGCUAGAAUUACAUAUAGAUUUAAUGGCAAGGACGUGAUUUGUGUGUGGAAAUGAAGAUUGACCGAUAAUGAAAUCCUAUCUUCAGUCCUUGUCGUUGGUUGUUUUGACGGAGGGCAUGCAAAACACAUACAUGUACAUGUAUGCAGAUGUAUACUGGGAUGUCUCUGCUAGUGGAAUAAGGUAUUGUAUGUUGAUAAAUUUUUGAUCUGUAUACUAUCCACGUACAUUGCAUUUGAUUGAAGUAUGCUUGAAGGUAGUUUAAGGCUUGGACGCAGAUGUAAAACCCUGGAAUUUUCAAACUCAGAGGACAUUUCCUGUGUCAAUAUUUAAACUGAAUUUUUCCCAAGAAUAUUUCAGAGUUACACCUUAAAUUUCACAGUAGGGUAGGUAAAAAAAUAAAAAGAAGCAUUUGUCACUUUUCUGUGUGGAGACCUCUAUCCACUCAUGAUUUAAUAUGUUCUGUAAUUCUGUCCAUUAAUGUGUGGGUAAAAAUUGAAGAUUUGACAUACAUGCAUGAAUUACACUUGCAUAAGAGCUUUUUUGGCCAAAUAGGUCAUCUGAACUUCCCUUGCGGAGGCCAGUUAAUUCAAUUGUUAUUCAUCGCAAGUGCCACACCAAACAUGGUUUGACUGAAAUCGUGACUUCGUGUAGCACUUUCCACUAUAAGAAUUAUUAAGUAAUAAAAUUUGUCUAAAAUAAUGAAAUUGCAUUUACACACGUACAGUACAUGCACCAGUACAUAUUGCAAGUUACAUGUACAUGUACCUGUAACAAGUGCUGUACGUUGCGACCAAAACAGUCGCAUUUGGGCCUAAAAAAUUAUCAUAUGCGGCCAAAUGAUUUUUGCCCGUCAGUCACCCACCUUGUCAGUCAUACGUCACGAACGAUCAUUGCCCGGGUUUCUGCUUCAUGUACAUGUACGUGCACCGAGCGAUGUUUGUUGGUGAUUCUGAGAGAAUGGAGAAAUGAUACUGAAACAAAGUUACAGUAAAUGUGAAGUGUUCCGUAGAUUGGUUUUGCCUUCCGUAUUCCAAGACAUAUGGAUAGCCUACUGCUUUACAGAAGCAGUCACAAAUUCAUUGGAUGAUUUACAUCUGGUUUCUGGAAGGGCCUUCAUGCUAUUUUUUUUUUUAAGUGCUGUAAAAAAUAGCAAAAGAUCAGAUGUGGUCAGAAGAAUGUUCGCAUUAGUUGCAUAGUUCCAAACCUCGUCACUUUCUCCUCAAUUCUAGACCAAGUACUGAUAUGUAUUUGGGUUGAUCAUAGAGGCUUUGCACAGUAGCCAUCAUGCAGGGCAGUUCUUUGUUCCACAGGGAAACUUCUUUUGUGCAUACCCUGUGGAACAAAAGCACUGCCCUGCAAAAUGGCAGCCCUUCAAACCCUCUAUUGAUUUUAUGGCCACACUGUUCUUGUUGAUCAGGCAACAGAGGAAAGCUACAAGUGAAACUCUGUAAACUAAACGUCAUACCGGUAAUUUGUUUUAUAAUAAUAAUAACAAUAGGAUUUUAUGUAGUGCUUUCAACUAAAAUCAAUGAGCUUUCCUUUAUUAUUACCCCUGCUCACUGGGCCCAUGAAACAUUCCAAAUAAAUUAUUGCAUGCCUCUUCAAUUAUUAGAGUCUGUGACAGUUUGUAGAAAUAGACGCCUGCCUCAAGUUACAGAACAUUAAGAGUGAUGCUCUUGAUGUACUGGUUCCUAUAAUGAAGGCUACCGGUACAUGUACUUCAAUGUGAAUAUUACUCGUGUAAACGUACGACCACCACAUUCAGGUUAAGACUACAUGUACAUGAUACCAUGCUUGUAAUACACUGCCCAUGUGUACACCAUGCUGUUCAAAAGGCCUGAAUACAGUCUACAGUGUUCAGGCACAAUGGAGUGCAGCCCCCCACCCCAUUGUUAUGAUAACCAAACCAAGCCCGCCCUACUCAAUAUUUGCAUUUAACUAAACAAGCCCUUUUGAAACUGGCCAGCCAUGCAGGACAGUGCUUUUGGCAGCAUGGGGCAGGAUGUGCUAUUGUUGGUCAGUUGUUGGCUGGAUUUGGGCCUUCAAUUGCAGGCAGCAACUGGUCCUCCUGAGUUGAGCCAAACGCCAAAAGGAACAUUCCUAUUUCUGACGCUGGGGGAAUCGUCCACAUCCGUGUACUACUCUGUGACUUGCGGCGACGUCCGUGUACUUGAUCCUACUGCCAAGAUCUGUGGUUAAAUUUGAGCCAAUCUUCACACCUGCUGGUACGAGAAAUUUAGGCGAGGCUCCAAACAAUCGAUUGAUCAGUUGAGCUCCCAACUUUGUCCGAGAGAAUGUUGUGCCAACAGAAGAACCUGCACGCCAGCCCCUUGUGCCCCACCUGCUGGCUUCACUUCCUCAUUGUUCUGUGUCUGACGCUCAGCGCAAGAGGUUUGCACAUGGCCCACGCCCAAGCAACAGAAACAGUUCAGAUCUUUCCCCUGGAGCCUACCAUCCUGGCUGGCACUGGCUUCAACCUGACGUGCACUGUCAGUCAUUCCAGCAAUGUUCUGGCCAAGGACAUUGCAUGGAACCACAACCACAUGGCGUUGCCUCGCACUCAGUUCAGUGCCUUUGACGACAAGACCUCACAGUUGAGCGUCCAGGAUGCCCGGUUUGAAGACAGUGGUCUUUAUGCCUGCUUUGCUCAGGGCAUUAGUAAUGAAACUCAAGUGUAUGUUGGAGAACCCCCGAGUGAGGUCCGUGGCUUGUCGUGCUUCUCUCACAACGCAUGGGAUAUCACAUGCUCCUGGGAGCGAGGCAAAGAUACCAAUCUCAACACAACCUACACAUUGCAGUAUUUUCCCCAACACAGUGAAAUCAAAAAUUAUGAAAACUGCCCCGACGAGUAUUGCCAGUGCAAGGACGAGCUGACGUGCACGGUGCAUGAUCGCAUUCAUGGUCCAGCGUUGUUCCGGGUCUUAUCGAGAAACAAGUUGGGCUACGCCAUCUCGGCGGAACUGUCGUUUAACCACGAAGAGGAAACUGUGCCCUAUCCACCGAGAAACGUCCAGCUAAAAGCCCUCCGCCGUUCCCAGCUGAAUGUCACCUGGGACCUCCCACCUGAGUGGGAUCCCUUUUACGAAUCUGCCCUGCAUUAUAAAGUGGAGUAUUACAAGGAAGGCACGACUGUAUUGAUCCGGCACCCCAACUCCUCAAACAUUGCGGGAAAGAAAUACGCCAUACUGCUUCCACUACCAGGUUCUCUGGAUCCCUACACCACUUAUUGUGUCAGAGUUGCCGCUAAAUUUUCUAUAGGGCCAUGGAGUGAGUGGUCUGACACGGCCUGCAACAGAACCUUGGAAGAAAGGCCAGACGCAGAGGUCAACGUUACCUGGAGUUCGCAGAUCAACUCCCGGAACGACUCUCUCCGCGAUGUGCUCCUGAAAUGGGAGCCUCUUCCUCAAGCCAGUGCACGUGGUGAAAUCCUUGGGUAUCGGGUGAUCAGAGCCAACCUCAGCCACGAGAGUGUAACCACGCUGGGCCCAUCCAAGACCAGUUUGGAAAUACCCGGUGAGCUGUUCUCCCUUUGAAAUUAGUUUUGGUUGGUGUCCAUGUUUCAACAUUCCCAAGGAGAGAUACUGCUUUGUGGUUCCCACCUGCGGUGUUUGGGGGAGGGAAGGAACAUUGAUUCACUGUGUUUUGGCGAGCUGCGAAGCAAGUGCAAGCUUAUGUAAUACCAAUUUCCAUCUUCUGUCCGGCCGGCCGGCCAGCUGGCCGUCCUUAAAUGUUAAAGUUUUUCC